AUAAGCGGUUUCUUCUUCUUCGACUUGGUAGCCUGGUACGUUUUCUUUUAUCCAUCUGAUGAAUUGAUUGGUGAAUUUACAAGAACCUUUUUUUACUGCUCAUUUUUUCCCCUUCCUUUGUAUGCUCUAGAACGACUCCCACGUGUAGUGCUAAUCACCAGAGAAUGCAAUCCAAUUUGAUUUCUGAGUUGUCGGCUGAAACGCCGGGGCUGGUUCUUCACGGCCGUAUCUGUAGAAAAUGGAAACCCCGAAACCCCAACACGGAUAGGGUUCUGCGCCUCGAUAUGAUCUGCCUAGACAGAAAGGGAGAUGCUGUUUGGAUUCAAGUGCCAAAAUCUUGCAUGGACAGAUUUGACCAACGCGUGGAAGAACAAAACACAUACCGCAUUGCCAACUUCAAGGUGGUUGCGGAGACCAAAGGCUAUCGUCCUGUUCCCAAUGGUUUAUUCGUGGAAUUGGAAUCAACGUCCACCAUUGAACCAACUCCUGAUCAUGUCCCUCCGUUCCCAACCCAAUGCUUCAGAUUUCUGAAGCACGAAGACAUGUUCCCGAACCGUGAUCAACGAACCAUUUUGCUAGAUGUUGUAGGACAGCUUCUGGAGUUCUCGAAAACCAAGUCAUCUACUUCAAUAAACCGGAAUUCCAAGAGAAAGGAAAUCAAGAUCAUGUUGCCAGAGGGAAUUCCCGUAAAAGUGGUCUUAUGGGGAAGAUUGGGUCUUCAAUUAGAACAGAUAAUUGAUGCUGCCACGAAUCCGAAAAUCAUUCUGAUCAUAUCAUCUGUGAUGGUGUCUGAGUUUAAUGGGGAACUGAAACUAUCAUCAUCUAGCGCAUCAGUAAUGUAUGACAACUUAGAUGUACAUGAAGUGAACACACUUCGAGACAGCAAUGAUGCGUUGGAUGCUCCAAGAUUGCAUGAAGAAAAAGGUCCAGAGGUUAUUGGUCCUCUUUCCAUUCAAGAGUUAAAGAAUUUUACCAGUGAUGCUGCUAAUCUGAACAAAAUCGUCUCUGUAACUUGCAAAGUUGACAAAGUGUUGAAUGAUUGGUUUUAUGAUGGUUGCACCAAAUGCCCAUGCAAAGUACAAGCUGAAGCGGAUAAGUUUUAUUGUAACAAAUGUCAGACCACAAGUAGAAACAGUGUGAAAAGGUUUCGAGUUCAAGUUUCUGUGAAUGAUCCAACGGGGGAGGCUGUCUUUGUACUCUUUGAUGGUGAAGGGAAGAAGUUUUUUGGAAUUUCAGCACAGGCUUUGUACGCUGAUAAGGAAAACGAGCCAAGUGAUGUGCCCGCUGCACUACUAACAAUUGAACACAUGGAAGUUGAGUUCCAUAUAAAGGUUAAGGAGUUCAAUGUAAAGAAAUCUUCACAUGAAUUCACUGUUUGGAAGAUCAAUGAGGCUAAGGAAUCUGCGAACUCAACCACCAAAAUUUCUGAGCCAAUUCAGGAGAACACGUUGUCUUCACAGCAAGGGGGUGGCUCCACCCAUUCUAUUAGUACCAGCACUGUUGUUGAUAUUGAAGAUGAAGAUUUCGAUACUACCAACCGCUCGAACCUGGAACUCCGUCAUAAUGAAAAUGCGAGUGCUACACCUUCAACCAACAAUCUAAAGAGGAAGCAACGUGCCGAUUCGGGAAAUGAUGAUAGUGAUGUUUAGGCAAAUGUUUUCAUGUUUGUUAACGACAGUUUGUUUAUAGCUGCUGAAGGAUUUAUGGACUGUGAAUUGUUUUCCUUCUGUUGCACCCUCUUUUCCCCUCUUAAUAAUAUCUCUGUUAGUUUGGGAACAAUUAAGUAGAAGGUAAUCAAGUAGCGUUGUGGUUUUUCGUUUGGGACAAUGAAUUCAUUAUCUCCUUUAACUUUAAUGACUUCUUCGAAUGUUGAUUCCCAUAAUCAUUUCAAACUCUAAAUUAACGUAGUUUACAUUUCACCACAUGCAAAACUUAUUGCCAAAAUAAUGGCAUGUAAAACAACUACUCCCUGGUUAUUAAUACACUAAUUACUCUAAAAGGGCCCAACCCAGUUCCUAGGAAAACAAAGAAGGCCAUUCUUCUGGGCCAUUAUUGAGUCCACAAAUCCCAUAAACUAGAUUCCGAAAAUCACACCUCACAUAUAUAAUUCUUAACCAAAAAAUCACACCUCACCGCCACUCCACCACCCACGUAGCACUCCACCACCCACGUCCUUCUUCUUAUAAAGCCAGUUAUUCCCGUCACCAUACUUCUCAUAUUCCAACUAUUUUUCAUUCAUACCCUAGAGAUCUCAUUAUCCCAAUCCAGCCUUCACUCUCACGCACUCAGAAAAUGCCUGUUUACCCAAUCGCACGCUUGACUCUUCAUGGCAAUCCGUGGCCUAUCCGAGUUAGGCUGUUGAGGUUAUGGGUCAAAUUGGCUGCAAAUGGCGAUGCCAUUCAACACGUCAUGCUUUUGUUCCUUGACAAAUUGGUAAGUAUUUCUUGCUAUUCACUAUCUUAAUAACAAUGUCCUCCCACUGAAUUAUGUUCUGUGUUAUUCUAUAUAGGGCGUACAGAUUCAAGCUGUCAUCCGUCGCUGUCAUGUACACACAUUUCUGCCGACAUUUUGUCCAGGCGGGAUAUAUAGAAUCACCGAUUUUGACGUUGAAGAAAGCUUCUCCUCCCAACGGGUUGCUGUAAAUGAUUUGAUGAUUUCGUUUCGUGGAAAUACGUUGGUUGAACAGCUUGAAGAGUCAUUGGAUAUCCCCCAUUUCAGCUUUCGAUUUUUGUCCUCCUGGGACUUCCCUCUUGCUGUGGCCAACCCAUUAUACCUCCCAGGUACCUUCUGCCUUUGCUUCUUUUUAGUUGUAGACAAAUGUUUUACGUUCAAUCGUCACAAGAACACUAUAUGACUCAUGCUUCCAUAAUUAUUUAGAUUUGGUAGGUGUUGUAGUGAGCUGUGCGCCAAUUAUGUUGCCAUACCCCACUGUUCCCACUCUUCGCAACAAACGAAUCUUGCUCCGAUUGCUUGAGUUAGUAUGGAUUCAUAUUUUAAAAUUUUCCCUUCAUUUACAAUUAUCCAUAUUUAUUAACAAUAUUCACGUCAUGUAGGGGAAACAUAAUUGAAAUAUUAUUAUGGGACUCUUUUAUCCCAAUGUUUGAAGCUCUUACAACCGAUGAUGCAGCAGUUGGUCAGGUUGUUGUUUUCACUUCUUUAUUUAUCCACAACAACGAAGGUACAAAUCCUAAGGUCUCUUUUAUUUACUUUUUAUGUCUACAUUUUUGCAUGGUUGUUUUUUUUUUCAUUGGAUGACACUAUAUAGACUUUUUUUUUUAUUAUCGAUCAACUGUCUGCCAUUAUUUUUUGAAUGUUACAUGUUCCUUAGGAAAUUAUUUCUUUCAUGCCUCUCGAGCGACAAAGAUUUAUGUCAAUCUUCAUUGUCCCCGCGAGCACCCAUUGUUAAAUCAGUGAGUGUUUUUUAUGCAAUAUAUUGUUUGGGGAUGAGAAUUUAUCCUAAUAUUAUUAGUAUUAAGAUUACAAAAAUUCCCCAUAUUAGGCAACUAAAUGACUCCAUGGCCGCACGACUGGCAUAUGCGGAUGCCAUCUCAAGAUCUCAAUAUUCUUCAGUUCAUGAACUCAACUCUGUUAAACGCGUCCAAGAGAAUAUGGUAAAAUGAACCUCUACCUCUUAA